AUGGCGGCCCCCGACGCAGUCCAGUACGGGUCGUUCAGUGUCCCUGGUCAAACUCGCGGCUCUACGAAUGCAACCAGAGAUGAAGAUGCGCGGCUGCUUGUAGGCCGGAAAUCGGGGUACGGGCAACGAUGGCGUGGCAAAAUGGUCCAGGACGUCCGUCCGCAAUGGACUGGGGCCAUCCUUCUGCUAUGCUACACCAUCACCGGCUUCCUCGACAGUUCUUCCACACUUACCUGGGGCACUUUUGUUUCGAUGCAGACAGGGAACACCGUCUUCUUAGGGCUCGGGCCCGUGUCGUCCGACAAUAGAUGGAAGAAGUCGGGUUUGUCGAUAUUGGCCUUUUGCCUGGGGUCUUUCUGCUUCGGCCGCCUGCAUCGCUCCAUCUCGCCAUCCCCUCGCAGUCGAUGGGUUCUUUGCUUAGCAUUCAUCUUGCAGGCGCUCUUCAGCACGGCAGCCGCAUCCAUCGUGACGUGGGGACCUCGAGCGAAGGAGCAGAACGACGCCUCGUGGUAUGUCGCUGUGCCCAUCGCGCUCAUCGCGUUCCAGAGCGGGGGACAGGCCAUGAUCAGCCGCGCCGUCAAGCACAAUGCCCUUACUAGUGUCGUUCUGACGAGCAUAUACUGCGACCUAUUCUCUGAUACCGAGCUUUUCAAGCCUUCCAAUCCGGAUAGGAACACCAGGGUGGCCGCUCCUGUCUCUCUCAUGAUCGGGGUUAUCGCCGGUGGUCUCAUCACCAAGAGCAGCUUGGGAACUGCUGGGGUUCUGUGGAUAGUGGCAGGGAUCAAGCUUUUGUUGAUAGUGGUUUGGCUAAUAUGGCCGGGCGAUGAGGAGGGUGCUUAG